ACAGUGACAAAGGCAGUCCUCAGACAGAGACCAGGCACCCCUGCCGGGCUACCCAGUGACUGGAAGAAAUAGACACAAGCCCAGAGCGCCACCCAGUCAGUGCAGACUCACGGUGACACAUCACCCGUCUUGUUUUCUCUUUUGCACGGCACAGAUCGAGCGCGAAGCAGCAUGGUCUCCACAGAAAGUGCCUCUUCCACUUACGAAGAACUGGCCAGGGCCUACGAACACGCCAAGAUGGAAGAGCAGCUGAGGCACGCCAAGUUCACCAUCACGGAGUGCUUCAUCUCAGACACAUCGUCCGAGCAGUUGACGGCAGGGACAAAUGAGUACACAGACAGCCUGACCUCCAGCACCCCUUCAGAAUCGGGGAUCUGCAGGUUCACCGCAUCUCCCCCCAAACCUCAGGAUGGAGGACGCGUGAUGAACAUGGCGGUUCCGAAGGCGCAUCGGCCAGGUGACCUCAUCCACUUGCCUCCAUACCUUCGAAUGGACUUCUUGUUGAAUCGAAGUGGUCCAGGCGCCAGCAGGGACCCGAGUUUAGGGCAGGCAUGCUUGGAGCCCCAGAAAAGUCGGACCCUGAAACGCCCCCCGGUCCUCGAGCCCAUCCCCAUGGAGGCUGCCUCCUCCACGGCCUCCACGAGGGACGGACAGCAGUGGCAGCAGGGGGCCGUGGCCACAUUACCUCAGCGGGAGGGGGUGGAGCUGGGACAGGCAGCCAAGAUGAGCAGCUCCCAGGAAUCCCUGCUGGACUCUCGGGGCCAUUUGAAAGGCAGCAAUCCCUACACCAAGUCCUACACCCUGGUAUAACCAACAGCAUGACUGGACAGCGGUUGUAAAUACGGUUUAAAAAAUUCAAUCAAAGCUACCUUUUUUUUACAGAAUUCCAAUAUUUAUAAUGAAAGAAAAUUGCCAAAAUAUAUUAAAAAAAAAA